AUGAGCGAUGAAGCGGAUCAGAAACCAACAACAUCAAUUGAAGAACCACUUGAUUUAGUACGAUUAAGUCUGGAUGAAAGAGUAUUUGUUAAAAUGCGUAAUGAAAGGGAAUUACGGGGUCGUCUUCAUGGUUUUGAUCAACAUUUAAAUAUGGUAUUAGGUGAUGUUGAAGAAACAAUAACAACAAUUGAAAUUGAUGAAGAAACUUUUGAACAAAUUUAUCGACCAACAAAACGACAAAUUCCAAUGUUAUUCGUACGUGGUGAUGGUGUUAUAUUAAUUUCACCAUUAACUAAACAAACAUAA